AUGUCAGAAUACAAAAGUCAUGAAUUAACAGGAAAUAACACAAAGUGUAAUACGUUAAAAGUGGAAGAAAUACUCCGAAAGAUCCCACUUUAUAAUAAAUAUGGAGAAGACUUCCCCAAGGAGACAUUACAAUUAAUGAAAGUUCCUGAAUUCAAAUAUAAUGAAUUACAACCUACGGAGACAAUGUUUAAACCAUGGUAUGAAGAAUGUGAUAAUUUAGUAAAAACUUGCGAGCAACAUGAUAAAUCUAACGAAUCAUUUGAUAAUUGGUUAUAUGAUAAAUAUUUGAAGACAAAACCACCCGGAAUGAUGGGAAGUACAUUGUUGUCUCCAUCUAAGAGGGGAUAG